UUGGCCCGAAUGUUACGGGCCCGCAAUUGCAUAUUAAAGGUCCCGGAGUAGAGCGGGAUCUUAGUUUACGUGGGGGAAUCAACCUCGAGUCAUACGUGCAAACAAUAUUCGGGCAACGGUGCGGGACUUUAGAGAGUAGACGCCGCCAAAUGAGAGGAAAUAGCUUUGUCACAAGACAAUAAUUGCAUCAUGGCCGACAGCUUGAAAUACACCGAGUACAAAUAUGGCACAGAAAACGAGCUACAGAGACUAGGCGUCUGGCAGUUCCCUACGGACGAACCCAGCACCGAAGAGACAAAAUACUGGCUCGUCUACAUCCACGGCGGCGCCUGGCGCGACCCCCGCAUAGACCACACCACCGCCCGUCCCACGAUCGGCUCCCUCCUCCUCGGCGGCGGCACCACCGCCCGGCCGUCCCGCAUCGCCGGCAUCGCCUCCCUCGACUACCGCCUAUCCGCGCACCCGUCCUUCCCGCAGGAUCCCUCGCGCGAGCCGCCCUCGCGCCUCCGCUCCGCCCGCCACCCGGACCACGUGCGCGACGUGCACGCCGCGUUGGCCCUGCUGGGGCGAGAGUUCGGCCUCGGCGCCGGCGCCGAGGGGACGCCGUACGUGCUCUUCGGGCACAGCUGCGGGGCGACGCUGGCGCUGCAGGUGCUGAUGGGGGAGUGGGUCCAAGACCGGGAACCGGAACGGGUCCCUCUCCCGGCGGCGGUGGUUGGUUUCCAGGGGAUGUACGACCUCGCGGGUCUGAACGCGCGGUUCGGCGGCGCGUAUGGGGAGCUGCUCUCCGGCGCGUUCGGGCCGGACGAGGCGGUGUGGGAGGCCGUCAGCCCGGCGCGGUUCCGGGGCAGCUUCCGGGGGAACUGGGGGGCUGACCCGGGGCUGGCGGUGCUGGCGUACUCGCCGCAGGACGAGCUGAUCGACAUGGCGGAGAUCGACGUGAUGGAGAUGGUGCUCCGGGACGAUGGGCUCGACGUCUUGGCGUUUCGGGACCUGGAGGGUGGGCAUGAUGAGGUCUGGGAGGAUGGGAGGCAUUUGGGCCGAGUUCUGCUUCGGACGAUUGAGGAGUUGGACCGGUUGGGGAAGAAGUGAGGUGCUGCUUUCCGAGGCGGGUAAGGUCUGGACACAUGUGGGGGAAGGAAGUUUGAUCCCAGCUCUACGGUUCUAGAAACCAGAAAAUGCCAUGUCUCUCUAUCUAUACAUUUAUUACCAUUAAUCUACGAGUGCUAUUUUUUAUGUGCCUUCAGAUACAAAAAGGGUCUCCCGAAACCCAACAUCCCACAGAACUCAGCAC